ACACAAGGCUCUCAACCAAGACGCCUUCGUCCUUCCCAGCGAAGCGACCGAGAGAGAGAGAGAGAGAGAGAGAGAAAAACCCUAGCUCGCUGUCGCCGCCGCCCCCGACCUUGCUCCCGUUCGUCCGUACGUCGGCGGCAUGGCGGCUAUGGCGAUGCGCACUCUUGCGAGGAAGGUCAUGCCGGUCCCGGCUGCUCUGCGCCGGGCGCCGCCGCCGCCGCCAUCGCGCUCCCUCCACCGCCUCGAGGGCACAGCAUCUCCCAAGACUACAACUCCUACUGGCAAGGGCCGUGCCUCUACUCUUGAAGAGGACAUCAGGUUUCUUGCUGAAUUGGCUAAACGACAUGCAGAUGAAGCGAGAUAUUACAGGAUCAUGGCGCUGUCCGCUGUUUCUGCGUCUGGUGCUGUGUUCUUCACCCUGUUAGCACUUCGCAAUCAUGUGAAUCACCUGUCUGAAUAUUAGCUUUACCAUAUCCCUGUUAGCCCUUCGAAUCAUGUGAUUCACCUGUCUGAAUGUUAUCCUUGAUGGUUAUGUAUUUUGUGGUACUAAGUCUAAGCACCUUUUAUCUAUGAGACGGUACAAACCUAUGUGGCUUUGUAUUAAUGUGGCAUGCAUUUGGAUAAUGUGUAACAUAUGCACUCUUAUGUAUUUCAACCUGAUAUAUCGUUCUGUCUGCAA